AUGUCCCAACAAAGACAAACACCAGCAUCCCUGAUGAACCUACCAAAAGAACUCGUAAUCCACAUCUCAACCUUCCUCCACACAAUACGAGACCUAAACGCCCUCUCCCAAACAAACUCACCCCUCCACACCCUCCUGACAAUGACCCUCUACCGCCGAAACGCAACACAAUCCCCCUCGUCCUCAGCCCUGCACUGGGCCGCAAAACACAACUUCACAAACACAGCUCGUCUCUCCCUAGCCGCAGGCGCAGAUACCCAAGCCAUAACAGACGAAGAAAAGACAAUAAAGGGCUGCACUCCCCUUCUCAUCGCAGCAUACCACGGCUGUACAGAAGUCCUAUCCCUCCUCCUUCAAAACGAUGAUAUAAAUUUGAACCCAAACGCUCGAGAUAUAAAACACAUCCGACCCCCCAUUUCAUGGGCCGUCAAACAACGCCAUCAUCCUAUCGUUCGGGCCCUCAUACUCGACGAACGAGUUGAUGUAAACCUACAAGAUAGAAACGGGGACACGGCACUAUUACUCGCCGCCAACGCAAGUAACUGGGACAUGGUCUCACUCCUAGUCGGCAGUGGACGUGCUGAUCCCCGAAUUCCAAAUCGCCAAGGCGCAACCGCGCUAUCAAUAGCAUCCCGGGAACGAGAAGCCGAGAAGGACGUGGAUUUACUCUUCGCAGCUCAUCUACGACUAAUACUCGAUGAAGAUUCUUCCGAAAGUCACGUACAACAUGUAUUCUUUUACGCGGCUAUAAUGGGACAAUUGGAGAUUGUUCGGUAUUUAGUUGAGUUUUUUGGAAACAAGCUUGAUCCGAAUGGGGGCACGAAUGGGUAUGGGAGGGGUGCGUUUUCAAUAGCGGCGGAUAGAGAACAGGUGGAUGUUGUUAGGUUUUUGAUAGGUUGGGAGAAGACGGAUCCGAAUCUUAGAGAUGGGUGGCUGCAUCAGAGUCCGUUGUUUGUUGCUGUUAAGGAGGGGAGGGUGGAUGUUGUUGAUGUUUUGGUUUCUUCUGAGAGGGUGGAUUUGGAAUUGGUUGAUGUUCAUGGGACGACGCCGUUGAGUGAGGCUGCGACGAGGGAGAAUGGGGAUGUUAUUAGGAGGUUGGUUGGGGGGGAUCAUAGUGAUAAUGGUGGUGGUGGUGGUAGGACCAGGAGGAGGCCGGAUCCUAAUGCUAGGGAUCAGAAUGGGGAAACGGCGUUGUUUAAGGCUGCUUCGUUGGGGAUUUUGGAGAAUGUCAAUGCGUUGUUGGAGGCUGAGGGGAUCGAUGAUUCUCUUGGGAAUGCGGAGGGUCAGACGCCGUUGGGGAUCGCGGAUGAACUUGGUUUUUCACUUGUAGCUACGAGAUUGAGAGCUUGA